AUGUCGAACAGUGUUGGUUUAUCAACGGUCUCGGGAUUAGUCAAACAGACAGCUCUUCUUAAUAAUCGACAAUAUGUAACAGCUAAGCAAGGUUUAGAAUUUGCUGAAACAGCUGUUAAAACAACUAGAUCAACAUAUAUAUCUCAACAAAAUAAGAUUGAUAAUUCAUUUUCUACUGGUAUUCUAUCAAAAGAUGAUUAUGAUAAACAAACAAAUCGACUGAAACAUCAAGUUGAAAUUGAUUGUGCUCCAUGGGAAAUUUAUGUUAAAAAAUUAACUCAACUUAUUGAACAAUACCCAUCACAAUCUGAAACACAACGAACUAAUAAACGAACAUUCAAUCAAUCUUCAUCUUUGAAAAAACAACAUUCUCAUUCAUCUGUAUCUAAACGUAGUCGUUUAAUUUUUUCAUCUAGUAGUUCUGAUUCAGAUACACCCGAACCUAUUCCUUCAACAACUCAAAAAAAAUCUAAUCCAAUUAUAAUCAAACAUGAUUCAAGUACAAAUACAAAUCCAUUAGAAUUCUCACUUCGUUCACCUUUUUCUUCAACACCAAACAUUAUUCCGUUUACAGCCAAAACAAAUAAUAUUACACAACGAAUUCCUUUACAACAUAUUAAUGAAAUAGCUGCAAAACAAAUAGUUCUUCUUCAUGAUGAAGGACAUUUAGUACGAUGGAAUGAUGUUAUUUGGCGUAUUUUAAUAUAUUUUCAUGUUCAAGAUCUUGGUAAUAUAGGUAUACAACGUGCUGAUCAAAUUGCUUGUAUUGAUAAUCUUAUUCGAACACAAAAUAAAAUAAAUAUUUAUCUUGAUGCUUAUGCUUAUUGGCAAACAAUAGGUACAUUAAAUGAAUUAGAAAAUGAUUUGGCUCAUAUUUUUUAUAAAAAUGAUUAUAAUGAAUUAUUACUUGGUCCUAUAGAAAAACAACCAAAAAUUGUUGAAUUAUUUCGAUUAAGAAAUAUUCAAAAUGAAUAUAUAAAAAAAGAUUUAAAAAGUUCUGAUAUAUUAAAAUAUCUUGAUCAAUAUAUGACUAAAGAAUCUGUUUGGAAAACAGAAAAUGAAAUAAAUAUUGAAAAUUUUUUCAAAUUUAUUGCUAAACAAGUUCAGAUUAAAAAUAUUUAUCAAUUAGGUAUUCGAAUGAAAAGUGCAUAUUUAGCAAGAAAUUGUAUUAAAAGUAUGCAAGCAAAUCAACGUAAAACAAUGGAAAUAGCUCGAACAGAAUUAAGUUAUAUAUUAACUGAUCUUGUACAAAAAGAAAUUGAAAAAAUUUCAAAAACUAUUAAUGAUAAAUUAGAUAAUAAUCAACAACAACAACAACAACAACAACGUCAAAUUUAUGCAUCAAUGGAUCCAAUUGAUAUAAUUAAUGAUCUUAUUGAAAUUUGUCGUGAAGUUUGUCACAAUAAAAUGAAUAUUUAUUUAGAUUAUUCGUCAUUUCGAAAAAUCUCUCAUACACUUGAUAUUAUUUCAAAAGAUCCAAUGUUAAGAAAUAUAUUUCAAAUAGCUAUUUGUCAUGGUCAUUUGGAAAUACCUGAUCAAACUAUUCAAUCAAAAGAAUUACCAAUUAAAACUCAAUGUAAUACAAACAAAAAAAUAUAUUUUCAUUCAUCUGAUUCAUCCGAUAAUGAUAUUGAAUUAGAAAGAAAAUCAUUGGAACCAAUAAUUAAACAUCCAAAUGAUAAUGAAAUUUUUCAAGCAUUUAAAGAACAAAUUAGUUCAUUAAAAAUAUUUACAUUUACUUUAUUAUCUCGAAUUGAACAACGUUUAUGUGAAAAAUUUAAAGUAACUUAUUUUCAAGAAUUAGGUCAUGGUACUUUUAAUAAUUAUAUAGCACAAAAUGAACAAUUAUUAUUUUCUAUUGAUACGAAAUUUAAAUUUUCUUCAUCAGAAUAUGAUGAUGAUAAUAAUAAUAAUAAUAAUACAAUAUGUAAAAUUUCAGUUGAAGAUCUUGAACAAUUUAUUCUUCAAAUACUUGAUAGAUCAAUAAUAGAUCAGCAAUAUAUUGAACAAAUUAUUUGUUAUCAUUAUCAAAUUGAAUCAUUUGAACAACUUGGACAUGGUUCAUUUCGUUCAAUAUUUAAUUCUAUUAAACAAAAUAAAAAAUCUGAAAAUAUAUCAAUUCAUUAUGAAUGUAUUCUAUUCGAUGAAAUACCUAUACUUAAACAGACAUUAAAUAAAACAUCAAAAUCAUUUCUACAAAAUGUUGAACAACAAGCUUUAAAUGCUAUUAAUCAAUGUCCACUUCUUGGAAAUCUUCAUUUUGAUACACAAUGGAAUUUACAUUUUCGUUCAAUAUUAGGUAAUUUGAAAGCAUUUCUCACUCGACAUAUGAUUUCAAUACUUGAAGUUGAUCAUGUUACAUUUCUUAAAUUAUCUUCAAAUUCUACACUUGAACUAUUCAAAGAAUCUCUUUAUAAUUAUGAUCCAAUCUUAACUUCUGGACAUCUUGUCUCAAUACUUGUUCAAUAUGGUUCAAUAAAUAAUGCUCCAUUAUCUCUUCUUUCAAAUAUCGUACAUACAUUUUUCUUGACUAUAACACUUGAUAAUCGAUUAUAUAAUUUUCUUAUACAUAUUUUUCUUCGUAUACCAUUUCUUCUUCUUUCAUCAAUUAUUGAACGAAUUUUUUUUCAAUCAUUAAUUAAACUUGAAGGUAGUCAAAUAAAAAUACGUGAAAUAUUAUGGAAAACAAUUAAUAAACAAGAUCCAAAUAUAUUCAUACGAUUUAUUCAAUUAGGACAACAAUUAGGAUUUACUGAAUGGUCAAUAGAUAAAAUAAAAAUUGAAUCAUCAAUUAAAAUUCAAGAAGAAAAAAAUUUAUCUUUGUCAAUUCCAAGUUAUGUAACAUCUUCAAUAGUUUCAAAAGUUGAACAAAUAUUUUCUACUACUACUAAUAAUAAUAAUAAUAAUAAUAAUAAUCAUCCUUAUGAUUUAAUUGAUCGUAUUCGUCGAGAGAAAUUUGGUAUUGGUUUAAAUCUUUCAAAUGAAAGUCAAUAUUUAACUAAUCAAUUAAAAUUACUUAUUGGUCGAUCAUUAGAACGUCUUUCAAAAGAAUUAUAUAAUAGUGAUAUGCAUUUUGUACUUGAAUUAAUUCAAAAUGCUGAUGAUAAUCAAUAUAUUCAAAAACCUAGUUUAGUUUUUGUUAUUGAUUCUAAUUCAAUUAAUAUAUAUAAUAAUGAAAUUGGAUUUCAAGAAAAUAAUAUUCAAGCAUUAUGUGAUAUUGGUAAAUCAACUAAAGGUAAACAUAAACAAGGUUAUAUUGGACAAAAAGGUAUUGGUUUUAAAUCAGUUUUUACUGUUUGUAAUCGUCCAGAAAUUUAUUCUAAUGGUUACCAAAUUUGUUUUGAUGCAUCUAAUGAUUCAAUAGGAUAUAUAUUACCGAAUUGGAUAGAAAAUGAAAUUAAAGAUAAUGAAUAUUUAAAUUGGACAACACGAAUAUGUUUACCAUUAAAAUCAGAAAAUGAAAUGCAAAAACAUAAAUCACGUUCAUUAACAGAAAGUUUUCAUGAUAUACGUCCAUCAUUAUUACUUUUUUUAAAUCGUCUUCGUUCAAUAACUAUUCAUAAUCGUUUAAUAAAUUCCAAACAAAUCUAUGAACGUAUUGAUAUGUCUAAUACAAAUAUUGUUGAAAUACAUUGUGAACAAAUUAUUGAAAAAUGGUUUAUUAUUAAAAAACAAUUAAUUAUUCCAAAUGAAAUUAAAACAAAUUUCGAUGAUACUAUUGAAGCAACUGAAAUAGCAUUAGCUUUUCCUUUACAUAAUAUUAAUAAUAAUGAAAAAAUUCUAUUAACUAAACAAGAUGUAUAUGCUUAUUUACCAUUAAGAACGUUUGGUUUUACAUUUAUUAUUCAAGCUGAUUUUGAAAUUCCAUCAUCACGACAAGAUAUUUUAAGUGAUAGUAUAUGGAAUCAAUUUCUUCUUAAUGAAAUUCCAUCUAUAUUUCUUUCAUCACUUGAUAUUUUUUAUCAAGAACAAUCAUCUUUACCUAUUGAUCCUCUUCGUUUAUUUCUUUAUUUUCUACCAAAUGAAAUUUCAAUUUAUAGUAAUAAUCUUUUUAUACCUGUAUGUCGAAAAAUACUUCAUUUAUUACGUUCUCGACGAUUUCUACCGGUUAUUAAUGAUAAUAAUUUACAUAUGCCAAAUGAAUGUGUACUUAUAAAUGAUUUAACUAUAAAAGAAAUUUUAACACCAGAACUUUUAUAUAAUCAUCUUAAUUUAUAUUAUUUAAAAGAUGAUUUAUAUGAACAUGAAAAACAAUUAUAUGAACUUGGUGUACAUCGUCUUGGUCAUAAUGAAUUAAUUGAUUUUAUUAAACAAAUAUUUACUAAAGAAAUAACAAUUGAAAAUAAAAAAAUUCUAUCAAAAUGGUUUUGUUGUUUAUAUCGAUGUUUAAAUGAACUUUCUUUAAAUGAUGAACAAAAAGUUUUAAAACAUAUUCAAUCAUUAAAAAUAUUUCCAUUAAAAAAUUAUCAAGAAUUUAUUUCAUUAAAUCAUAUUAAACAAAUUAUUUUUUUUCCAUCGAAAAAUAUUCAAUUACCAAAAUUAAUUGAAAAUGAUUUAAUGAUUAUCAAUGAAGAAUUAUGGAUGAAUUUAGAAAAAAAUUCAAUUGAAAUAAUUCAAAUACAAACAUUACUUGAACGACUUGGAAUACAACAUUUAACACAUCGAGCUAUUUGUGAACAACAUAUAUAUCCAAUUUUUGAAAAUGAAUAUUUAUGGAAAAAUAAAUCAUCUGAAACUCUUAUUGCUUAUGUUAUGUAUAUUUUUGAUCUAUGGUCAAAACAGAAUCAUUAUAUUGAUAUGACUCAAUUAAAAUCAAUUGUUCAAUUAUUAACAAAUGAUAAUUUUAAACAACCCAUACAUGAUUCAAUUUAUUUUACACCAAAAUAUGGUAAUCCAUAUGAUUUAUCCAAAGAUUUCAAUACAUAUAAUUGGAUAUUAAUUAGUGAUGAAUAUAUUCCUGAAAAUUCAUCAUUAAAUUAUCGUAAAAAAUUGCAUGAAUUUUUUUCUGAAUUAGGUAUUUCAAAUUUUUUAUUUCCAAUUCAAAAUUCAACAUAUAAACAAUUUAAUUCAUUAAUUCAAAUUCAAUCAAUAUCAAUGAAUAAAAAACUUUUUUUAGCAUUACAAGAAACUUAUACAAGAUGUCAUAAUAAUGAAUUAUUUUUAAAUCAUUUAAAAGAAUCUAUAUGGAUACCAACAAUUCAAAUAUUUUAUUCUUAUAAUGAACAUAUUGAAUUAAAUCAAAUUUAUAAAUUAGAUAAACCAAAUAAUAUUUAUUUAAAAACAAAACAAAUUGAACAACUUUUUGGACAACAUGUUCAAUAUAUUGAUAUUGAUAUUGAUAUUAAUUUUAAUUCAUCAUUUGCAAAUGAUAUUGGUCUUAUUGAACAUAUAACAUUAACUGAUGUUAUUUCUAUGUUACUUAAUUGGUGUAAGAAUUCAAUUUUUUAUACUUCAAUUUCUCAUAUGCAUAAUAUUUAUGAAUAUAUCUAUGAAAAUAUGAGUAUUAAUGAAUUACGAGAAUUAAUUAAUAAUAAAUCAAUUUUUUUUGUACCAAUUUCAUCAUUAUCAUCAGUAGAUUGUACAAGCAUUGUUCGUGGUAAAUUUGUUAGUAUAUCUGAAGUUUGUUGGUAUGAUUCAACGAAUCUUUUUGUUAAAUAUUCUUCGUGUUUGAAAACAAUUAAUCAUUAUUUACUCGAAUCUUAUUAUACUGAACAAAAAUCAAUUUUUCUUGAUACAUUUUCUAUUCCAUUGAAUCCAACAAUUGAAGAAUAUAUUAAUUUAUUAGUUCAUAUCUCAUCACUUGAAACAACAGAAAAUACUAUUCAAGAUGCACUUUUAAUUUUUAAAACUAUUGGAAAAUUAUGUGAACAAUCGAAUAAUUUCACAGAAAAACAAGAUUUACAAAAUAAACUAUUUCAUAAAUCAAUUUUUCCUACAAGAGAUCAUCGUUGGGUUUCGUUGAAUGAUAAUCCAUUGAUAUCUGAUAUUAAUGAUAUUGGAGAAUUAUUUAUUCAUAUGAAAAAUAUUCCAUUAAUUGAUAUAUCAUCAUCAGAAGCUUUAAUAUUUUUUAAUAUGUGUGAUAUAAAAUCUCUUUCAUCAUCAAUUACAAUUGAACAUAUUAUUGAAAAUCCAUCGAAUGGAAUUUUUAUUCAAAAUUUACUUUCACCACUUAUUCCAUAUAUACAAUUAUUUAUGAAAUCUCGUUCAGAAUUUUUUGAUGCAUAUCAAUGGACAAAAUCAAUAAAUAUGUCAUCAUUACUUAUGAAUAUACAAUUUAAAAUUGUUGAUUAUCUUCAAUUAAUUUAUCGAUUUAAAUUUGAUUCAUCUAUUUGUAUAAUUCAAGAAGAAAAAUCAUAUUAUGAUAAAAAUCAUAAGAUUUUUUAUAUUCAUCAUGAAUGGACACAACAAUCAAAAUAUUAUCGAAAUAUAUUUCAUUCAUUUGCUCGAAUAUUUCUACCUUAUCAUAAUGAUGAUUUAAUACGUUCACUUGGCAAUUUUAUGAAUUUAUUAUAUAAUGAAGAAGAAAAUAAUCUUGAAAUGUUUGCUAAAUAUCAAAAUUUUGAUUUAAAUUUUAAAGAUUCAGAUGAUAUUCCAUGGCAAAUACUAUCAAUAUCAAAACAUAUUGAACCAAAUAUUGAUGAAAAUAAAGUUCGAAUGUUACUUGAAAAUGUUGCUCAAAAUCAAGAACAAUAUCGUGCUUAUAAACAAAAAAGACGACAAGAAUUAAAAAAACAUCCAUCUGAAACUUCCGCGAUUACUACCAAUUCAUCUAUUGAACAUCAAAGUGCUUCCGAAGAUUCGAUUCCUCGACUUGAUAAUAUUCGUACCGGUGCCUUGUCAGUAAUUAUUGAUACGCCUUGUGAAACUAUUGAAAAACACACUAAACAUGUUAAUAUUGAAGAUCUCACCCAUCAAGUACUUGAUAAUCGAGAUUCAAUAAUUGGUUCUAAUAAAGAAUCAUUGGAAAAAAUUGGUCGAUGGGGUGAACAAUGGGUUAAUGAAUAUCUUCAUGCUAAAUAUCAUGAUAAAAUUCAAUUGAAUGAAAUUGAAAUCAUAUGGCUUAAUGAAAAAUUUGAACAAGGAAAACCCUAUGAUUUUAUUAUAAAAAAUCUUAAAUCAAAACUAAUAAUUUAUAUUGAAGUAAAAAGUACUUUAAGUAAUAAUCGUCAAUUAAUACCAAUAACAUAUAAUGAAUUACAAUAUUGUUGUUCAUUGUCAGAUAUAAAUCAACAUUUUCAAAUCUAUCGUGUUUAUAAUACUGGUCAAUUAAAAAAAGUUAAAUUACAUAUUGUAGAAAAUCUUGAAGAAAAAUUACGUAAACAUGAUUUAGAAUUGUUUUUGUUAAUUUGA